AUGGCGUUCUGCGCGCUGGCGCCCGAGCCGCCGCUCGCCGGCCCGCUCGGCGGGCUGUCUGAUUGGAUGGCGCGGAUGGAGUCCGGCUUGGCGGAGGCACGCGCGAUGCGUGAGCAGGUGCUCGACCUCGAGCUGUGGCGCGCGUCCGUGACGCGAGAGAUGGUCUCGAUGCGGAACGAGAUGGCAGAGCUGCGGGCGGCGGUGGCGCGACAGUAUUUGACACAGAAAGAGAUCGAGGACCUGAUCGCCGCGGCGAGCGGCGAUUUCCUUACUCGCCAGAAUAUCGAGGAGCUCAUCAGCGCGCACAUCGCGCGUGCCUCCGCCAAGAUCGAGGAGCUAGUGGUGGAGGUCGCGAGGGAGCAGGCUGCCGGCAGCGGUGGCGGCUGCGGCAGAUCGACCGAGGCGCGAGCUCGGAGCGGCGAGGCGCAGCGGCGAAGUCGCAGCGGACCGCCAUCGCGCCCUGGCGCGGAGCUCAGAGGUGGCGCAGCGCGUGGAGACCGACGAGGCUGCAGAGUCGCCGCUCGCUCCGGCGUCGGCCGCGUCGCCCACGGGCUCAUCGGCGCCCGCCCGAUUUUGCGUCCCGCUAUGACCCACGCACCCUUGGGUAAUUCGUGCCGCGGCGCACGGAAGCACGAGGAUGUCCUCCGGGAGCUGCGGGAGGCCGCGGUGAUCCGGCAUCGCGAGCUGCUCGAGGCGGAUCAGCGCCACCGUUUGCAGGGCAGCGACUCGGCCGAGGAGAGGCUCACGGAGAGCUCGAUGACGCCACGCUUGGGCGGCAAGGAGGACCGAGGACACCGGAGCAAGCCGCGCAGCUUUGGCGAUGCCCCGGCGUCCUUUGGCGACGCUUCGCGGGCGGGGGCGCCCGCUAAGAGCCCGACAGGCCUCCGAAUCGAGCAGCCCUCUACGGCCGACCAUCCGAACGGCAGGGCGCCGGAGUUAGCCGGCGAGAGCGCGCCGCCGCUCGAGGUCUGGUCGACGGUGAGCCGCGUCGGCAGCGCGGAAGCGCCGGCCGCCAUCUCGAGCCUCGUGCUCAGCAGCGAUGGUGCAGUGCUGGUUGGAGGCACCUCAGACGGGCGGGUGGUGGCAUGGACCAGGCGGAGCGGCAAGGCGGCGACGAUUGGGGAUCGUCGCGAGGGCGAGGGCGAGGGCGAGGAGGGCGGGGAGGGUCAGGGGUCGGCUUCCGGCUGGGAGCUGACCGGCUCCUACAUCGCUUGCCGGCCUUCGAGCGGAGAGCCGCUACACGGCGCCGAGAUUCAUUCGGUGGCGAUGGGCGGUUCGCUCGUGCUGAGCGGCGGCGCCGACGGCAUCGUCGACGAAGCCAUGUGCGUCGCCCUGCCCCCGGAGCCGCCCGAUGCUGGCGGAGGUAACAACGCGGGCGGCCGCGCCGCCGAUCCCGUGUGGGCGGCUUCGGGCAGCCAAGGCGGCGCCGUGCGUGUCUGGUCCCUGCAGAGCGGCUCGGCGGUCAUGGCGCUCGCCAUCGAGCGGGCGCUGCCGCCGCUGUCGGGCGCUCUGGGCGGGCGCGAGGGCGUCUACCUGCUGAGCGGCUCCUUCGACGGCCGGCGCUCCGACCUCGAGGACGAUCGCUCUCCCACUGGCUUUGCCAAGCUCCACUCCUUUGCUGUGGCCACUGUCCCCGGCGCCUCGUCCGGCGGUGAGGGCGAUGGCGUAUUGUCGCUGCUCCUCUCUGCGAGCCGCGACCUCGUUGUGGCGGGGCGCAACUCGGGCGCCAUCCAUCUCUACGCCCUGUCGAAGCUUGACGCGGCGCCCUUCGCCACGGGGGUGCAGUCCACCGACGGAGGCGCUUGCGCGCUUUCGUGGUACGGCGACGCCGGCCGGGCAUUUCUGGCCGGCUCGGAGGACGGCGUGUGCAAGAGCUGGGAGCUCGCCGAGCCGGGGACGCGUCGUCGCAACCAGCCACCGGGCGCGCUCGUCUGCUUGGGCGUGGCGCAAGUGGGCGAGGAGAAGGGCGAGGAGAAGGGCGAGGUGCUUGCGAUCGCAUGCACGGCCGCCAGCGGCAUAUGCGGUUUGGCAGAUGGCCGCAUCGUCGAGGUGGCCGUGCCGCAGCACGGCAGUGUGCGGCAGUACACCCCGUGA